GCGAAAUCGAAUUGCAUCUUGGAUCGAUCGAGCAGCUUGCAAGAGAGGGAGCUACGUUUCAGAUGCUUGUUGGGGCUUUUUGUUCGCGUUACUAAAUAAGCGAGCGGGCUUUGUGAAGCCGUCUCAGCCUCCGUGUUGAUUUAAUUGCAUAUCUCAAGGUACCAGCAUUGUCCCAGUCGCAACCGUUGUGUGUGUUGUGGUGGGGAUCUUCUCUUGCACGCUACUCCUUAGCAUUCUGCUGUGCGUGAUUCAGAGUUCUAUCUGCUCACUGCCACGAUGGCCACCACCAGCAAGCAACCAGCCAAGAAGACACAGCCAGAGCUGUCUCAUUUUGGAGCACUCCCAGAGACCAGUGGAGGACCUCCGAGCAAGAAGCCCAAAGUCGAGACUACGAGCAAGGAAUUUGAUGCGGCCACCACCGCUGCACCUACAGGAAGUGGAACUUUUGAAGAGCAGAUUUCCAAAACCCGUGCAGCUUUGGCUUCAUCUGUAUUGGAGUUCCGCUUCAACAAGAAGCGGGUACGAGCUGUGUCUAAUACUGAUGCUACGGCACCGAACGCAAGUGGCAUCUUAUACUGGAUGUCACGUGACCAGCGUGUUCAAGACAACUGGGCAAUACUCUAUGCCCAGCGGCUGGCCCUAAAACAGAGGCUUCCACUCUACGUCUGCUUUUGUCUGGUGCCCAAGUAUAUGGAUGCGACUAUUCGACACUUUGGCUUCAUGCUUCGAGGCCUCCAAGAGGUUGAAAAGGAGUUCCGCUCCCUCGACAUCUCUUUUCACCUCCUGAAAGGCUAUGCCAAGGAUGUGCUUCCUCCGUUCGUAAUUGAGAAGAAUAUUGGUGCUGUUGUGACGGACUUCCUUCCUCUGCGUGUGCCCAGGCAGUGGGUGAAAGACUUAAAGAAAGCUCUGCCAAAGAAUGUACCUUUAGCACAGGUGGAUGCACACAACGUGGUGCCGUGCUGGGUCACGUCAGACAAACUAGAAUACGGAGCGAGGACGAUUCGCAGGAAAAUACACGACAAGCUGCCACAGUUUUUCACUGAAUUCCCUCCAGUGAUUAAGCACAUAUAUCCAGCCAAAAGCCUGCCAGAGGAGACAGACUGGGAGGCGGCACGGCAGUCACUGGAGGUCGACAACAGUGUGGGCGAAGUGGCGUGGGCUCAGCCCGGCACGGCAGCGGGACUGGAGAUGCUCAACUCCUUUAUAAACGAGAGGCUGAAGCUGUUCAGCACAGAUCGCAAUAACCCCAACAGCAAUGCCCUCAGCAAUCUCUCACCGUGGAUUCACUUUGGUCAGAUCUCCGUUCAGAGGUGUGCUCUUGAGGUCAGUAAAUUGAAACCCAAGUACCGCGAGUCUGUUGACAUGUACAUUGAAGAGGCAAUCGUGCGACGGGAACUUGGCGACAACUUCUGCUUCUACAACAAAAAUUAUGACAAUGUAGAUGGGGCAUAUGACUGGGCUAAAAGGUCCCUGGAUGCUCAUAUACAGGACAAGAGAGAAUACAUUUAUUCUCUGCAGCAACUGGAAGAAGCUAAAACUCACGACCCACUUUGGAAUGCAGCCCAGCUGCAGAUGGUAGUUGAAGGAAAGAUGCAUGGCUUCAUGCGCAUGUACUGGGCGAAGAAAAUCCUGGAGUGGACGAGCUCCCCAGAGGAGGCCCUCCGCACUGCAAUCUAUCUCAACGACCGCUACCAGCUGGAUGGAAGUGACCCAAACGGUUACGUUGGCUGCAUGUGGUCCAUCUGUGGCACACACGACCAGGGCUGGGCUGAGCGCGCAGUUUACGGCAAGAUCAGAUACAUGAACUACGCAGGCUGCAAACGCAAGUUUGACGUGGGUGCAUAUGAAAGCCGUUACAGCUCGAAGAAACUGGGCUUUCCAGCAGAGUAAGAGCCCACAGGUAUAGAGACGCUGUUGAUGAGACACUAACUGAAUCGAAAAUAGUAUUUUAGAUAAGUGACAAUAUCUUAGUUUAUCAUGGCCUUUACAUGUUUACUUUUUACCCUGGUAAAGCGUAAGCUUUUUUAUAACUAUCACAACAUGUUGAUGUGCAUGGUUUGUGUACAACUCAUAAUAUAUUAUUUUGUGUACGCUUUUAGAACGUAAUAUCUUACUGACCGUUACAUUAAGUGGUUACCACUUUUUAAUGUUAGUUUUGUAAUAUUAAAACAAAAUUAGAAUGUGAGUGCAUGUCGGUUUGCAGUGUUGAAAAUAAACAUGCACACAGUGCACAGCUUGUAUGCUGAAACCGAUGUCAAGUUUGAUAACAUCCCAAUACAUUAUAUUGAUAUGAUCACACAGGACGUCAUUCGAUAUUGAAUGGAGACGUUUUCAUUUACCAUUUUGAGAUUAAAUUUAUUGAUCAAACCUAUGUCACAUUCAGCUAAAUUCCUAACCAUUAGUAUGAAACUGGUAAAAAAAAGCAUUCCUGUACAGCACAUAUAAUAACAUUACAAAAAAUGAUUAGUAUAUUGCUAAUAAAAGCAAUUCAUUCCAUUUAUUGCUUAAAAUGAAAAGGCCAAAUGGGGAGACGAUCCAGAAGUGAUCGCUACAGACUAACUGGCUCCCGUUCAGAAGGGCUGCAUAUCAUGCUGUAUUUUGUUAAAGGCCAAGGCACCACUCUGCAUUACAGUGCAUCUAUUCUUCAUAUGGGAGAAAAAUCAUUAUGUCAGGAGCUUGUGAUUCUUGUAGACACACAAAAUCGAUGAAGAAUGGUGGUGGUCAACCACAUACUGUGUACAAAACAGCACUGGGAAUAAUAACAAUGUCAUGAAAACAUUAAGAUGGUUUCUAAAAUAAAACCUGGUUAGGCAUUAAAGUUCUUCCAUGAGGUUUUCCAAAUCAUAGAGUAGUAGCCCUGUAACUAUGAGGUCUGCAUAACUUGUGCUUAUAGCUGACCACUGGCCAAAAAUGCACUAAGUAUUGUACGCUGAG